GAGGGGAGAGAGACCACGGCCAUGCUGAUACAGUGGACCACCCUGUGGUUCGGCUUGCUUGCCGCCUGUCCACGUCUUGCGGAAUCCGGAGCGGACGUGCCCGACUGGAACGAGAUCUUCAGCAACAGGAACGACGACGACUGGGCACGGGUAUGGCACGUGGAACGCCACCGGCGCUGCUACCACGAGCUGCUGUCGCACAUGAGCUGGGUCUGCGAGAAGGACAUCUACAAGAUGCGCCGCCGAAAGAGGGACGCGCCUCUGGACAAGGACGCCGACCUCGCUGAAGUGUUUCUGAAGCCCGAGGCCGCGCUGAGCCUGCUGAGUUCAUCUGCGUCUGGCAAGCAGGCGGGUGGCGGACGGCGCAAGUCGUGGCGGCGCCAGCGGUUGGGAGUGCGGGGCAUCAUGGACGAGUGCUGCGACGUCCAGACCGGCUGCAGCUGGGAGGAGUACGCGGAGUACUGCCCCACCAGUAGGAGGAUACGCAACCGCAGGCGCUAGAACAACCCGGCUCCUGCGGACACACACCCACAGCGAGCACGUCUCUCGCACUCCGAGAACAAAAGGAGUGCCGGUGACUCCCUUUUGUGCAAGAGAGUCAGUCCCCUAUUUGACUCCCUUUUUGAAUUUUCCUCCCCGACGCAGUACGCUCCUUCCACUUGGGCACUGCCGAAAGUGUUUGUGCAAUUCGAUGGACUACAACUUCGUAAAACCCAAAGGACUGAAACCGGGAUAAGUUGGUGUGCAUUCAUAUUCAGAACAAAACACAAACAAACAAGGGACGGUGUUUGUCUGUUUUGCUGCGGCCCUUUUUUGUUGGCGCUUUGUUCAGGAGAUGGAUUUUAAAAUGGAGUUCAAUGUGCGACUCGUGGUUUACGGAGUGACGGAGUCGGAGAGUCACGGUUCAAAGGAGUCACCAGCACCCCCUUUCCUCUUAUGAGUGUGAACGAACACGUGUGACCGGAAGGCGCGUCCGUUUCGGAGGAGCUAGGCUUAGGAAUGAAUUUUGGUGGUGUACCGUGGCUGUGGCUCGUGGUCCCUGAAAAGGCAAGGUUACGUAAGUCUUGCUAAUUAUCCCUCAGGACAAAAGAACUGUCAAAUCACGCGUUUGCAGGCGCGCUCGUGACCCCUCAAAACGCAGUGAUGACUGUAGAUCGCAUGGUUACACAUCCUCAUAUGUCCCUCAAUGACCCGGUGUUGGUGGCCGUCUAGUCAUUUUUUUCUUGUGUUCGAGUACCCGUUGCGUAUUUUCGUGUUCACAGCUAUGGACAGGCACGGCGAGCAGCCUGUCACGCAGCAAUGGGCAAAACGUAUAGGCACCGCCAGGCAUCUGCGGUCUAUAACUGGUAGCCAGACGUGCGCAUGCACUCAGCUAUUUCCUAUGCUGACACAGUUAAAUUGGCAUCUCCUGUACUUGCGAUCCUAUUUUAGCUCCCAUCAUAUCUCGCCCUCCCAUAAGGCAAGGAGAAGUCAUAUGAAAAAAAAACAAAAAACACGGGAGACGAAGUCCGGUAGUUGGUGGCAUAUGUCUUCCAUGGCACAUCCAAAGAAAUUUCAUCAGUGUACUCUGUUUAUCCCCUCACAUCUUAUCUAUCCUCGGAGUCGUUGACCUAGUAUACCCACGAACUUUGGCAGAGUAUAAUGUUGGGCAAGUUGGUGCAUAUCUUUAGCGAAAGAUUUGUGCCGCAAAGUGAAAGGAAAUGCAAGAGUGAUACGGUGGGACACCAUUAUCCUGUCAACUCUUGUGUUCCCUCUCACUUACUUUGCGCCACAAAUCUUUCGUUAGUACCAACUUGGCUUAACAAUGACGCCUUUUUUUAAUUUAUCGUGGCUGUUGAAGCUCCAUUAUGUUACCUCCAAUAUCACAGAUGCUUUGUUAUCGGACGGGCAAUCUGCACUGCUUAGUGCAAAUGUUUGGGAGCCAAAUGUCAAGCAUUGUUGUGUCGUGACGCUAUCUAGUUUGACAGCCGAGAAUUGUUUUUCUUUUUCUUCCUUUCUUAUUAAAUUGCUGCUUCACCUGUGGCAUCUCAGCCAAAGUGCAAAAGCCUUGCGUUUCAGGUGAGCCCUGUUGGUCGUCAGCCGCAUCCGCUUGGCGCAUGUGCUUACGGAGUCCUGUGAUAAACGUCGCUGUGAUAUGAAUGAUAGAGCCCUUAUCAGACCGAUCCCUUCGUUGUCCCGGAUGUUUGAGGGCAUUCGUGCGUUCGCGCCUGGGACAGACGCGUCUUCUGGUCACACGCGCUGAGAGAAGGGGAUAAAACACGUCAAAUAGCGCAAGGGAAGUGUAUAUCCUUGUUGUCCUUCGACUGCAAGGACAUACUCGGUGUUCCUUGGAAACAAAAGCAAAAGUGUAGACACCGUGUCCGGAGUCUUGCAGGCGAAAUAUCCUUUCCUUCGUCACACCCGUCCCGAUUCCUCGAGAAGUACAAUUACAGUGCUUUCUUCUCUCCAGGGGCACGUCACCUCUUAAUGCGUACGCCGUGAAGCGUACGUAAGCAUAGCAAAAAAAUAAAAAAAAUAAAAAACUUCCAUACAUAGGCCUCUCGCGGCCGCAGAAAAAUAAUAAACAAUGUAACCGCCCAGUGCUGUCGGGGGCGGUAAAAUAAAAAUGGUUACAAAAUCAA